GCGUGCCUGGAGGACGUGGUUCGACCAUCCGACGCCAGAGGAUGCCACACUGCCUGACGGGUACGAGGAAAAGCUUGACACCUUCCGGAAGCUUCUGCUCAUCCGGAGCUGGUGUCCAGACCGAACCACCGCUCAGGCGCGGCGCUACAUCUCGGACUCUCUGGGUCAACAGUAUGCUGAAGGUUUGGUUCUGGACCUGGACGCCAUGUUGGCAGAGAGCGACACCAGGACGCCGAUGGUCUGUCUGCUGUCCAUGGGCUCUGACCCGACGGAAAACAUCGAGAGACUGGCCAAGAACAAGGGGGCGCCGUGCCGUCCCAUUUCCAUGGGGCAGGGCCAGGAGGUUCACGCUCGCAGGCUAUUGGCCGGCAGCAUGACGGACGGCGGCUGGCUCCUCCUCCAGAACUGCCACCUGGGACUGGACUUCCUGGACGAGCUGCUGGAGACGGUCACCGCGGCGACGCCAGAGAGCGUGCACAAAGGUUUCCGGGUGUGGCUGACGACCGACGUGCACGCCAGAUUCCCCAUCGCCUUCCUUCAGUCCUCCAUCAAGUUCACCAACGAGCCUCCUCUUGGGAUGAAGGCUGGUCUGAAGAGGACGUUCAUUGCUGUGACUCAGGAUCAGCUGGAGGUCAGCAGCCUGCCUCAGUGGAAGCCUCUGCUGUACGCCGUGGCCUUCCUGCACACCACCGUGCAGGAGCGUCGUAAGUUCGGUCCUCUCGGCUGGAACAUCCCCUACGAGUUCAACCAGGCAGAUUUUACCUCCAGCAUGCAGUUUGUGCAGAACCACCUGGACGACCUGGACUCAAAGGGAGGAGUGGACUGGAGCUGCCUGCGCUACAUGCUAGGUGAGGUCCAGUAUGGCGGCCGCGUGACGGACGACUUGGACAAACGUCUCCUCAACACCUUCACUCGUGUCUGGUUCAGCGAGAGCACCUUCAGUGACAACUUUUGCUUCUAUCGGGGCUACAGCCUCCCUGGCGUGGCCACAACGGUGCAGGACGUCCUGCAGCACAUCGACGCCCUGCCGCUGCUCGACUCGCCUGAGGUUUUUGGGCUCCACGCCAACGCUGACAUCACCUACCAGACCAACCUGGCCAACGAGACGCUCGGCACCAUCAUCAACAUCCAGCCGAAGGACAGCGGGGGCGGGGCCGGGGAGACCAGGGAGGCCUGCGUGCAGAGACUCGCCGGGGAGAUGCUAGAGAAGCUCCCGCCGGACUACGUGCAGCACGAGGUCAAAGGUCAGCUGCAGAAGAUGGGUCCACAUCAGCCAAUGAACAUCUUCCUGCGACAGGAAGUGGAGCGCAUGCAGCGCGUCAUCAGCAGCGUACGGAGCACGCUCACCGACCUCAGACUGGCCAUCGAUGGCAGCAUCAUCAUGUCGGAGGAGCUGCGCGACGCUCUCGACUGCAUGUUCGACGCCCGGGUCCCUCGCCUGUGGCUGCGGCUCAGCUGGCCGUCUGCGACGCUCGGCUUCUGGUUCAGCGAGCUGCUGGAGAGGAACCGGCAGCUCCACGGCUGGAUCGGCACCGGCAGGCCGGACCAGUUCUGGCUCACUGGCUUCUUCAACCCGCAGGGCUUUCUGACUGCCAUGCGUCAGGAGACCACGCGCGCCAACCUGUCCAGGGGCUGGGCCUUGGAUACCGUCACCCUUAGUAACGAUGUCACCAAGAUGAUGCGGGAGGACGUGUCGGCCCCCCCCCCGCAGGAUGUGGGCGGAGUGUACAUCUACGGCCUCUUCCUGGACGGGGCGGGAUGGGACCGGCGCAGCGCCAAACUCUCUGAGGCCGCGCCCAAGGUCCUCUUCACUCCCCUCCCCGUGGUCCACGUCUACGCCGUCAGCUUCGCCAACAUGGCCGACAGUAAGCGGCAGCCCGGCGGUGGCGGGGGGGUCAGCCUGUACUCGUGCCCAGUCUAUAAGAAACCGCGUCGGACCGACCUGAACUUCAUCUUCUCCCUGCAGCUGCGGAGCGUUCAGCCCGCGGAGCACUGGACUCUGAGAGGCGCCGCGCUGCUCUGCGACUGCAAGUGAUGCUUCCUGCAGCCGCCAUGA